AGAAGACAAAAUGGCGGAAUGACAACAAUGUUUUAUUUUUCUGGACUACUACGCCUAGAUCUUUUCGUUUGCCAUGUUCAGUAGAAGAAAGUUAUACAGAAAGGAAAGUGUGCGUUGAAACCUGGCUGAAAUUUGGCCAUGGACGAUCCAGAAGUAACAUUACAAGAACAAAUGUUCCACAACGCAGUGAGAGAACUCAUUGUGAGUUCAGCGCGUAUAUGUAAUCUUGUGUAUUUAGAGCUAAUAGAUUAUGUAGUGAUGUAGUUGUAGUGUAGACUAGUGAAGUCAUACUACUACUAAUAAUAGUGGGCCCAUGUGGAACUAGAACUGACAUAGGCAAUUACUGAAAAAUCUACAGAAUAGUAUAUACAUCACUGAAAACUAAGAGUGAAGUUAUUGCCUACACAGAAUAAGAGAGUCAAGAAGUGCUAGCUAAGUCUAAGUCUCUAAGUGCUCUGUAAUUCAGUAAAUCAUCUAAAUCUGUUCAGUGAUUUACUUAAAUUUGAAGUUGGUUAAUUAACUUAAUUUUUAUUAAUUAGUUAAUUAGUAAAUUAAAUACUAAAUUAGGCCUAGAUCUAUUACUAUUAACUUAAUGUAUUAAGGCUAAGUACUACAAACAAUUUAAUUUAACAAAGUUAAAGUUUUAGUGGGACUUCUUACACCUCUCACCACUGACUAACUUACACUUUUUUAUAAUUUAUAGCAUUUUUAUGGGCUUAUUAUUAUUUAGACUUAGUAGAGGCAAAAAAAUUCCCCGCUCUGCCUUUUCCCCAAAGUAGUAGCCCAACAAAGAAUUCUGCAGUGAACCAAAAUACAUCCCCUCAUGACUUUGAUUGAAUGAAUAGAAAAAAAGUGCCACCACUGGCAUAAAAUAAAAAUAUAGGCCUAAAUAAUGAUAUUGUUAUUACAAUCAGUAGGCUAAUAGUAAUAAUUUUCCCAACGCUGAAUAAUUAAUCUUAAAUCCCUGCAUGUCAAGACCAAGGUUCCAUUCUUUUACUAAUAAAAAUGGAAAUAGGCCCCUUUUAUCAAUUAAUUAUUAUUUAUACUAUUUUAAUGGGCAAGUGUUUUUAUAUUAAAUAUGAUGAGAAAUGACUGGUUGGGUGUGUUGAGCCUUAGGAAACUUCAACUUCUGAGGGCUCAAUUUGUCAUUGUGGCGAUUUUCAUGCACAAAUAAUCAACACUUACUCUUUUUUCAAACUCACAUGUUUUAUUUUUUAAAAGUCAUAGCUGAAGCACUACGAAAGCUAGUUGAUGUUUGUUUGAUUUUGUAAAAAAAACUGUAUGAUAUUAUACUUGUUUUUUUCCCCAAAAAACUAUAAAUCUAAUUUCAUCCUAAACUGAGCAAAUGCAUAUGAAUUAGCCAUGGCCUUGGGUGCUUUGCACUUUACCUGUUGUGUAAUAUGAUUUAGAGUGUGUGUCGCCCAAAACACUGGCCUAUUAAAUAUUAUAUCACCAAAGUCACAGAUUUUUUUUUAUCCCUAGUUGAUUUAUUUUAAAUAUGCUUAUAAAUCAUUAUUGAAAUUGAAAAUGCUUUGAAAUGGGAUAAGUUUCAGUCUAGUGAUGCUGAGCUGCGUGUUGUCUAUGGAGGAUGAUAAAAAAACAAUAAUAUAAUUCUAUGUUAGUUGCCAGUAAUCAAUAUUGAAUUUUCUCUUUAGAUUUCUUUGCUGCUCUUCAUCUCACUGUAUGUCCUUUCAUAUGUGACUUUGUGUCAGUUCAGAAGGAGGGCUGACAAUGAAGACAUGUAUGCAGGUGAGAGGGAUUUUUUUUCUUGCAGUUGGCAUGGUCCACUUCAUGGUAUAAAAAUUGAAAUUCCCUAAACUAAACAGUUUUCAUUUUUCUACAUUGCCUUAAAAGAAAUAUGCAAGUUAAAAUUAGCACUGUGCACUUCAAGAAAUAUAAAAUCAACAACCAUGUUUAUUUUUAUCAGCAUUUUUUUUGUUAAUAAUUGUAUUUCCUUGAUUGUCGAGCAUUGUUGAAGAAAUAUGUAUUAGAAAUUUUAAGAAUACAAAAUUACAAUAAAUAGUAAGAAAAUAUUUACUUAAGUGUAAAUUUAACACUGUAUUGCAAUGGUUUUAAUAUACCUUUGUAAAGUAUUUAAUUUUACCUUCUGCAUACAUUUGUUUUUAACGAUUUGGUUUCAUAUUUAUUUUCAUUCGUUUGGAGAUUUGAUUAUAAUUAUGUUUUUCCAAAGGUGAAGAGGAUGCAGCUGUGUACAGAAUAUCGUAAGUCGCAUAGUUUUUGCACAUUUAAAUUUACAUAUAUAUGUGUGUCUUAUAACACUGAAUCUACUUCGAGUGAACAUUAUUAUGGCUCAUAUAGUACUUUUUUCUUUUUCCUUAUUUUAUUUAAUGAUUGCUAACUUUAAAAAAAAGUCACAUUGGUAUCGGUAUCAAAAUGUUUCCUUGUGUGUAUCUUAGAAAUAUUACGCUUAUGUGAAUGAGUUUGACCCAUAGCAAGAUUUUUUUUAUGCUCAGUUAAAUUGUUAAUUUUUUUCUCUCCUGCAGUCUAUGGCUGUGCACAGGUACACUCUCCGUUUCAGUUGGUGCUGUUUUGUUGUUACCCAUAUCAAUCAUCAGCAACGAAGUCCUUCUCCUGUACCCAGACAGCUAUUACAUAAAAUGGUUGAACUCAUCACUUAUACAAGGUUUGUUGUUCUUUCCUUUAGCUUUUUUGUUCCUCUCUCGUGUAUGUGCAAUGUUUCUUAAAAUAUUUGUAAUGACAAUAACAACCCAGGACAUUAUUAGCUAACAUGUGAACAGCCGCAGGAUGCCACGAUUUAUAUUGAAUGACUAACACCACUUAGUUUUAAUUCUAUGGCAGAGAAACUUUAAUAAUAUUCAGAUAGGGGUAGAAAUAAUAACAGACAAAUUUGCCCAACCACCUGUUGAAUAAAACGAAUCAAUAAAUAUAGUGUACUGUUCCAUAAUAGUAUUGAUCGCUUUUUUUUUUUCCUCCUCCAUCUAAAUAUAAAAGUUUCUUACUCUUGUUUGUUUUUUGUUGUUGUUUUUUUUUUCCUUUUACUCCCAUGACUCAUGGGUUUAGCAAUGUGACACUGUUUGUCUUCCUGAAUAAUUGAAAAGCCAAGCUGAUGAUGUGAUAAACUGAACUACUAUUACCAGACUUAGCAAAGCUUAACAUAAAUUACCUUAUUCAAUGUAUUAUUUCUUGAGUCUCUAGCUUAAUUCACAAAUGAGAAAAUUUUUCUUUGAAGGCCAGAUAGUGUUAAAGUGUUGUUUAAUGUCUUUGAUGAACUGAGUAACAAGUUUUUAAUCUCUGUUUCAGGUUUAUGGAACCAUGUGUUUUUCUUUUCAAAUCUUGCGCUGUUUAUCCUAAUGCCUUUUGCUUAUUUUUUCACUGAGGCUGAAGGAUUCUCUGGAUCACGCAAAGUAGGCUAUUACACCUGGACUCUCAUCAUUCCAUCAUAGAUGUAUAUGCCCCAGUGUAUCUUUUAAAUAACUGUAUACGUUCAAAAGAAUUAGAAAAAUGAUUAUUCACAUUUGUAGACAAAAUGAAGCAUGUUUUUAAUACAUUUCUCAAGAAAUAUGCUGAACAUGUUAGUGGCUUGCCAUUAUUUUUAGUUAAAUUAUGUUUGAUGGUUUUUAAAUUGUAAAAUUAAUCUUUUAAUAAAUAAAAGUCUGCCAAUAAUUUGCCGUGAAAUAUAAAUGGAAUAAACAUAUUACCUUUUUGGGAAUUUAAAAAAAAAAUGUAAUUGUGUGAAUUUUACUUUUAAAUUUUUGUGUCAUCCAGGGUCUGAUGUCCAGAGUUAAAGAGGCUUCCCUGGUGUUAUUUCUGCUUGGCAUCCUUGUUCUAGGCCUGGCCUAUGUGGCCUCUGCAAUGAUUAGUGGAGAUGAGAAAACCAAACAGACCUUGUCAGGUACGAUGACCCACUCAGUUAGUUGAUCAGAUGUAAAUAAGAAUGUUUUAAAGGUGUUUAUUUUCUUGCUUGAUCAAUUUGUUACGUAUGUGAAAGUGUCAGCUCACUAAAUUUUAUUUACGAAAUGAGGCUUGCAAAUAUAAGUAUUGAAUUAUUUAUGGCAGUUUCAAAAGACCAUUUAAUUUUGAUCUUUCUAAACUUAUUUUCUAUUUAGAUAGCUUUUUUUUAGCCUCUAAAAGAUAUAAGCACAAAUAAUAGAUAAUAACUUUGAAUGUAAAUAGUUAUUUUCCUGAUUUCAACAUGUCUUCUAUUGUAUUUUACCCCAAAUAGACUGCAUCCUUGAAUUGAACAGUAGAAAAUGUGUGGGUAGGCUGUUAACAAUUUUCUUUUAUGCAUUUCCCACUUUUCUUCUUGAAAUAAACUGAAACGUUUUGUGUUAAGUUUUGAAUUGUUGUUUCCUUCCUGUUUCUUUUUUGUAACUUGUAUUUCGCUACCUCCCCCUUCUCCUGGCCAGAGAGUUGAACACUGUCACUGAUGACUUCAUUACGUUUCUGUUCUAUUUGCCAAGGCUUUGAAAUGACUGGCUUACUACAAAAUAGACACAAAAUUACCUAUACAUUUUUUGCACUUGUUCUUGAUUGCCAACACGGUUCUUCUAUGUAAACAUGUACCAUCUGUACACUUUAUUUCUUCAUUGGGUUAAUUUGGCAGAUUAUCCGUAAGCUGAGCUGAAUUAUAAUUUCACAUAGCAUCAGUUGCUAAUCUGGAUGCUGUCCAUGGUGAGAUAGGGGUAGAUAAUGCUUGGGUGGGUGAAGUCAAACUUUUCCCCAAUUGUUGUUUUUAAAUGUAUGUGUUUCUGUAAUUGCUAAUUUUUAUGUGAAGUGAGCCUAGCCUAACCACCUAAUAAUAAUUAUAAUAUUUUGACCUAUUUAGAAACAUUGUACACAAAAAAUAUAUACGAAAUUGUUUAUUGGUUAUUUUGUUCUUCAUUUAACUAUUACUCUAGUACACUUUUCAGUUUUCUUUUCCUUUACACCACCCACCUCGGCUCAGUGCUUUGAAUGUUUUUCAAAGAAAUUACUCAUCCUAUUUAUGGUGGUCAUAAAAAAAAAACAUGACUCUGGACAAAUCAGUUUCAAAAGAAAAGUGCACCCAAGUCAGAUCAUGAAUUUCAACUCAAUAAAUGAUAAUAAAUGAAGGGCCAUGUUCAAGCUGUGUGAAGGAAAGAGUGGAACAAGGUAUGUGGGUGGUUGAAAUAUAAAGACAGGACUAUAAAAAAAAAAAAAGGAUGCUUCAGCCUAGAGCCUUCCUCAACAGACAUGACAAAUGAAGAAACAACAAGAAAUAGAAAAGGGUUCAUAAACUUAGGUGUUGGUCACUAAUCAAUUGCAGGAAUAACACGUAAUGGUGAACACUUAAGUUUUUGAAUUAAUUUCUAUUUCUUACUGUUUUUUCAUCAGUCCUGUCUGCUGAGUAAGGCUCUUAGCCGAAACACUCUUCUUCUAUUGUCCUGUCUUUCUAUCUCAAGCUUCCACACAGACCUUGUUUCUUGUUCUUGCUUCCAAGCUGCUAAAAUGUGUAUCGCGUAAAAUGUUAAAAAGUAUGACUGUGGUGAUUAUCAAACAAGCUGCUGUACACACAUUUUUUGUGUUAACAAACGUGCUAAUAGUUGGCAUACAUUAUGUUAUUGAUGAUUUAACUAUGUCUUGACAACUAAACAUUUACUGUUAUAACUGAGAAGCACAAGUAUUGCUGAACUUUUUUUGGCACAGAAACUCUCUGUCCCACUGAGCCCUUUCUGCCCUCUUCCUUAAUAUUUACCCUGUUUUCAUGAGUGUGUAUUCAUCUGUAAAUCAUUGAAUGCCCUUGCCUAAUUUUACCCUGUUUUAAUUACAAAAGCUUACUAUGUAAUUUAUAAAGAAAGACCAUUCAAAUUAUUUUUGUAGUGACACUUAAAGUAUCAAUUAGAUGUGCCACUUUUUAAAUGCAAUAUUAUCUUGUGUAACAAUAGUAACAUCUCCUGUUAUUGGGCUGUGUGUGAAUCGAGGCAGCUGCCACUGGAAAAAAAAAAGCAUUCCUUGAUUCCUGUAUUGCAUCAUUCUGCAAUUAAAUUAUUUAAUCUUUUAGUCUUAUUUUUUUAAUUAUCUUUAUACAGAUCUACAAUAUAAAUGUCCAAUAGGAAAACUAAAGUAGCUCAGAGUCAUAAUUUAAAAAAAAAAAAAAAAAAUUCACAUAGUUAUUUCUAUGACGUUUUGAUGCCUUGCAAAAGAAAAAAAAAAAUAUUCUAGAACCUAAGUGGCAUUCCCUAAUUGAUGUCACACUAUUUUGACCCUCCUCCUCCCAUCAUCACUAAUUUGUCACAAAAUUUACACACCCUCACUAACAUCCUUAAAAUAUGGUAAACCAACCCCCAUUCCCAGUUGUGUGAAAUCAUUUAGGAACGGCCCCUUAUACAAGACAGGGAGCAAAUAGUAAUAAGUGUGUGGAGUUUCAUAGUUGAACCUUAUCAGAUAUUUAAAGAAAAACUGGAGACACCAGAAGCAAAAAAAAUGUUAAACUGGCCCUACUUUUGUCCUUUGAAGAUUCUUGACUUUGCCUUACUAACGAUACACUAUCAUGGUUACAUUUAAAAGAAAACAUUUUGAAUGGUCUGCCAUCUCCUUAUCUUUACUUAAAAAGUCUUUGUUAUUUAGAGUUGAUAANGGCUUAAAAAAAUUGUGACUGGAAUAGUGGGUUUUCGUGAUUUUUUGUUUUAUUAUUUUGGGGAUGAAAGGAAAUCCCCCCCCCCCCUUUUUUUCUCCCCCAAAAGUUGAACUUUUUAAUUUGUUUCAAUCAAUUUGGGGGAGCUUUAGAGAUAUUGUUAUAUUUUGUCUAUACCAUGAUUAAAUCUAAAAAAAAUUAUACAUUACAAGCAUUAAGCUGAAUGGUGAAAAUGAAGUGGCACAAAGAAUAAAAAAAAAAGAUUAAUUUCAAUGUAAAAUGGCUGAAGUUACAGAGACGUUAAAUUGAGUUAAUAAUGGUGUUUGGGAAAAGUGGAUGUCUAUCAAAUAUCAUACAGCUACAAUCAUUACAGUUAGUGCAAAUACAUUUUGAAUGCUAUGUAUUAAAUCGUCGAGCCCAUCCUCAUAAUAGGAUGGAUGCCUGUUGGCAGAAUGUUAUAUAGAUUUACUCCAUGUAGCUUACGUCAACAGCAUUCAUAAAACUCUGAAGUUACGAUCCAGUAGCUUUGCCAGCAGUUUAUAUCUGUAUUUAAUUUUCUCAUCAGCCAUACUAAGACCAAAGAACUAUUUGUAUUGCCAUGAUGCUAGGAAAGGUCUUACUCUGGUGGUCGUUUUGUGGAUUUAAAACUGUUAAAGAGUGUUCAAGCCCAGGUUAUCACAUUAACAGUGUCUUUUUUUUUUUUCUUCAAAUUUCAGAUGUCUGGCACGAACACCUGCCCUAUUUAUAUUCUUGUAUAUCUUUCAUUGGUGUUCUUGUUCUACUAAGUAAGUGACCUAGACCAUGUUUAAUUUACUACUGCAAAAGAUUUUUGGCACAAAGAUUAGAUUUCCAGAGGGGUACAUGUAAAAAGGGGAGGAGGGGUGGCGGAGAGGUUCCUAACCUGUGAUAUAUUCAUUGGCUUUCUGUUGAAGCAGUGUAUGCCUAUAGUUAUUUGAAACUAUUCACCUCCAUAGAUGUGUCAAACCCUUAAAUGCCAUUUGCUUUUCUGAAACUAAAUACUAAAUGACCCUUCCUGGGGAUCCAUAUGUAUCAAAUUAAGUGGAUUUUUAAAAAAAAUUAACAAAUUCCAUGAAGCCAGUCUUUGGAUUUCAGUUUAAGAACCACUGUUCCAGACUUUUAUUUCACAGGCAUAUUUACAACCAGCAAUAUAAUAUCAAUACCUAUUAUUUCAGUGUGCACUCCUGUAGGCGUGGCUCGAAUGUUUACAGUCAUGGGUCAACUUAUAGUAAAGCCUCAGGCAAGUUGCUUAAGUGCAAAAGAAAGCUAUCACAUUAACAUAACAAAUAUUUUUGCUGAUCAAUGCUUCUUCCUUUUUUUUCCCCAUGGUUUUGUGAAUGUAUUUUGCUCAUAAUGCUAAGUUUCAAUAAAUUUUUAACUUUUUUUUUAUAUAUAUGAAAGUUUCUAAUUAAUGCCAUUUAAAAAAAAAAAAAAAAAUAAAAAAAAUUUAAGUGCAAAAGAAAGCUAUCACAUUAACCUAACAAAUAUUUUUGCUUAUCAAUGCUUCUUCCUUUUUUUUCCCCUUGGUUUUGUGAAUGUAUUUUGCUCAUAAUGCUAAGUUUCAAUAAAUUUUUAACUUUUUUUUUAUAUAUAUGAAAGUUUCUAAUUAAUGCCAUUUAAAAAAAAAAAAAAAAAUUCGAAACAUAUUUAUUUGAAUUAUGUUUUAAAAACAUGUCUGGUUCUUUUCAUCUUCACAGUUUUUAAGAGGCAUUGAAGAAGAGUUAAAUACAUUGCGAUUAGAUGAAGAAAAUUUGCUCAGAAAAAUCACAUAUCGAAAUGGUAAAAUGCAAUUUUGUCUUUAAGAAAAUGUUACAAAGAGUUUUAUUUAUUAAUUAAAUAACAAUUAUAAUAUAAAUAAAAAUAUGGAAAAAAAAUAAAUUUUUCUUUAAACUUUGGUUAAGUAUGUUUUAUCUUUGUGUACGUCUGUCUAUCAGGGCCUUGUCAGAUAUCCAAUGGUCAUGGUCAUGCCAGUAUAGAGUCUCUUAUGGAGACUUUAGAAGACAAGAGAAAAGCUAUUCAAAAGCUGGGUAAAUAUUUCAGUUUUCGUUUACUAUUUUCUAUCAUAGUUAUAAGUUAAAUGAAUAAGAUCCCAAACUAUUUAAUUUUUAAUAAGUUAAAAUGCAAUGACAUCUUUCCGAAAUGAAUCCGGAUCAAAUCAUUCUCAUUAAAAUGUUGCACCAUUUUUAUCUUGAUAAAAAUCAAUAAUAUAAAAGAAUUCACUUAAUAACACUGUAGGUUUAGUUCUGUAAAUAUAUUAAAAUACCAUCUGAAUCAAUUUCAGAGAAGUUAAAAGAUUUUUUUUUAAAUUACCGGCCAUUUUUCUAAAUGUAUGGUUUAUUAAUUUCUUAAAACUAAUUAAUUCAUUAAAAAUGUUAAUUUCUUUUUUUAUUUCCUUUUUUUAAAAAAAAUUAUCCACAGAAAGCCGCCAGCACAUCUCAUUUUGGAGGAGAAAUCUUUGUUAUCCACUUGUCAUGUUGUUAUUACUUGCCAUCACAGUAAGUCAUUGAUAAAUACUUAUGAGUACUAGCCUUCAUGAUAGGUAAGUAAGACAUAGUUAUAGAACAUGAAAUUGGAGUACCUGUGUAUACAGCUCAUAAUUAUGAGAGUCAGUACUUGCCAUCAAAGUCAGUACAUUCCACACACCUAUCACAAAUGCACCAAGGUUGUCAACCAGCUCCUUGAGUGCUGGUGUCUGGUUGGGCACCAGAGCACCAUUGAACCCUGUCCUGUUUUGGGCAGUGUAAUGAGAGGAACGUGACUAUGCAGCUCGUGUGAAUGGGUUAGGAAAUUUAUUGAAAACAAAGUAUGGAAAAAACCCUGAAAAAAAAAGGAAAUCAACGAACGUGUCGGCAAGAAGCCUUCAUCAGCGAACAAACAACAGUAAAACAACAAAGAUAGCAUCAUCUGAAAUGUAGUAUCGGAGAGGGCAGCAAGUGGACUGUGCCGAUGCGGUCUUUGUUUUGUUGCAUACCUUUUUUUCAAGGUUUCCUAUUCUAUAUUUUCAUUAAUUUCCUUUUUUGCUAACCUGAUUGCAGUCUCUCCCUUUAUUGGUAGUUAAUCUAACAAAAAAACUCUGGUGGUUUCAUGAUUAAUGCUUAAAUUAAAAAUUAUUUCAAUUUAUGACCUAUCCCUGUUUUAACUUUACAGGUAUUCAGCAUACUCAUUGUGCUCCAGAACACAUUUCUGUUACUUGUAGGAACUAAAGCAUUGCCCAAGGGUGCAUCUGUGAGUUGUUUUUUUUUUUUUUAAUUAUUAUAUUUAAUUGAAAUAUCAAUAUAUUUCCAUUUCAAAAUUUUAAUUAGCAUUAUGCUGAUGAAAAAGAUUCUCUUCCCCAUCACAAACGAAUCAAAUAAGUUCCAUUCAUGUCACAACUGGCUGAGUAUAUGAAUAUUUGAUUUUUCCCCAGGAUGCUGUACUUGGCAUAUCUUCGUUGUCAUCUUUCGGCUCCAUUGGCGCAGCCCUCCAAAUAGUUGUGAUAUUGUAUCCUUUACUGUUGUCUCAUCUGUAAAUGAAUUGAUCAGGCUUUGUAACAAACUUGCAAUUUGGGGCAAUUGCAUUUCAUAACUUGGAUUUUCAUAAAUGUAUUUUAUUUUAAUGUCAUAAUUAUGUCUCUUGAUAAAAUUUUUAUGUACAGCGCGGUGAGCCCAGCCCUAGGCUGGGGUACAGCGCUAUAUAAGACGUCUUAUUAUUAUUAUUAUUAUUAUUAUUAUUAUUUUAUAUAUGCUCACUGGUUACUUUCUACAGUGUAAAUAUUUUCAGUGUACUAACAGCUACAAAAUAGCCUUUUUAAGAAAGCCCAAAGCUUAAAGAUAAUGUGCUAAUAGUUAUACUAGCUGUGGAAAUCCAUCUCUUUUCAUGGUAAUAAGUGGCAAGGUUAGUUCAUAUUAUUUGGGGGGGGNGGGGGGGGGGGGGGCCUGUAUGUUAAAGCUGUAAAAUAUUCCUGAACUCUUGAUCUCCAGAUAUCUAAUGGUAGCAUCAGUUGUUGGCUUCUAUAGUCUGCCUUACUUGCAUAAUCUUCAACCAAAGCGAGUUGAUACAUCCAUGGUGAAGAUCAUUAUGAACUGUGUUGUUAUACUUCUGCUCAGCUCAGCCCUGCCCAUUUUAUCCAAGACCUUAGGUGAGUCUCUGGUUGUCCUAUUUUAUCCAAGACCUUAGGUGAGUCUCUGGUUGUCCCAUUUUAUCCAAGACCUUAGGUGAGUCUCUGGUUGUCCCAUUUUAUCCAAGACCUUAGGGGAGUCUCUGGUUGUCCCAUUUUAUCCAAGACCUUAGGUGAGUCUCUGGUUGUCCCAUUGUAUCCAAGACCUUAGGUGAGUCUCUGGUUGUCCUAUCUUAUCCAAGACCUGAUAUAAUUCUGUCAAUAAUAAUAAUGAAAUUGUCAAGGAAACUAUCGAAGAACUUAUUCAAGUUGGCAAAUUACCCGCGUCUGCUUCAAACUUACGUUUUUAUGACAGUGAUCUUGGUAAACCAUGCUUGUAUUUGCUACCAAAGAUUCACAAGGAGGGAAGUCCAGGAAGACCUAUUGUCUCAGCUUGUUCUUGUCCUACUGAACUGAUUUCGGAGUUUUUGGAUACAAUUUUCCAGCCCAUAGUUGAAAAUUUACCAUCGUAUAUUAAGGAUACUAACCACAUGAUCAAAUCUCUCGAGUCCUUGGUUUUACCUAAUGAAACCCAUUUACUUUUUACAAUGGACGUUUCUUCACUGUACACCUCAAUUCCCCUCACAGGUGGACUCACCGCAAUUUCAUUUUUUCUGAAUACGAACCCUAAUCCCAAUUUUCCAACAAGUGCCAUUGUACGUUUGACUGAAUUGGUUCUACAGCUUAAUUCGUUUGAAUUCAAUGGCGAAUUUUUCGAUCAGAUCAGUGGUGUUGCUAUGGGAACGAAAAUGGGACCAAGUUAUGCAUGCUUAUUUAUGGGCCAUUUGGAACAUCUUUGGAGAGAACACUACCAAGGUCCUUUCCCAGAAUACUACAGAAGAUACAUUGAUGAUUGUAUAGGGAUUACUAAUAUGGACAUAACACAACUAGAAAGUUUUAUUUACUUCAUUGGAGAUUUUCAUCCAACAAUUAAAUUCACUUCAAUGAUCCAUAAAAGCACCAUUAAUUUUUUGGACUUACGAAUUAACCUUCAUGAGAACAAAAUAUCUACGUCCAUUUUUUAUAAACAAACGGACAGUCAUAGCUUCUUGCUAUAUUCAUCAUCCCAUCCUCAAUGGUGUAAAAACUCCAUCCCAUUUUCUCAGUUGCUGAGACUCAGAAGAUUAUGUAGUAAUGAUGAAGAUUUUGGAGAAAGAAUGUCUGAAAUGUUGGAUUUUUUCCGACACAGAUUAUACCCCGAAGAAAUUUUAAAAGCAGCUGUCACUCGGGUUAAAGGUAUGACUAGACAGGCCUCUUUUAAAGCUACUCAUUCUGACACUAGCGAUAGGUCUAAAUUUAUCUUAAGUUUUCAUCCCCACAACUUAAAAGCUCGCUCUCUGGUUCUUAAAAACCGCUCAAUUCUUAUGGCGGACCCUGUCACAAAUGAGAUUUUUAGAAAACCUCUUUUCGCUUUCUGGCGGGACAAGAGCCUUAGGGACAUGCUAGUUAGAAGCCACCUCCCUGCUAUUAAAGCACAUAAAGGCACAAAAAGUUGCAACUGUAGCCGUUGUAACUCAUGUCCCUACGUGAUCGAAACUGAUACGAUCACUUUCCCCCUGGGAGUAUUCAGAAUAAAAGAUGGCUUUACCUGCACAAGUCGAAACGUGAUUUACACCAUUAUUUGCAAAAAGUGCGGUAAACUAUACAUAGGAGAGACAGGUCGUCGCCUUGGGGACCGUUUCAGAGAGCACCUCUAUAACAUAAAUAAACACGCUCUCUGUCCGGUCUCCAAACAUUUCAAUAGCCCUAACCAUAAUGGUAUCUCAGAUAUUGUAGUUACUGGUAUACUCUAUACUAGUAACACUGCAGAUAGAAUCUAUAUGGAGAACAAAUUAAUAACUAGAUUUGGUACGUUGUCUCCAUAUGGAUUGAACCAUGGAUUGAACCAAAUCCAUAGUUUUACUUAGCUGCCAUGUCUUUUUCCUGUUUGGUUUUUCCAAUUAUGUUAAAAUCACUUCCUUUCUACUUCUCUUUACUUUGUUUUUGUCUGGUUUUAGCGCCCUCUCCUAUAAAAAAAAAUUUUUUUUUUUUUUGUUGUUGUUUUAGGUAGGAUAUGUAUAUUGAUAUUAUGUAAAUUUAAUUUAUACUUAUUUAAAUGUGUUUUGUUUGUUUGUACUGAUGAAGGCAUGUGCCGAAACGUUUAAUUGUGUAUAAUGUAUAAUUAUUAUUAAAGCUAACUCAUAUUGUUCUAUUGACACAAUUUGUUCGUGUCUUAUUAUUCUAUAAUUCUGUGGUUGGCUCAUUUAAUCCAAGACUUAAUAUAAGUCUCUGGUUUGUCAAUGUUAACAAAAGAUCAGUUUUUUUAAAAAUAUGUUUGAUUACGCUAGCGUGUGAAGGGAACUAAAUUUAAACAGAAGCUUCAUUAGCAGUACCCUAGUGUGGUUCAAUAUAGAGAUCAGCCCAUAAUUACAAUAUACUAACAAUGUUAACCACUGUGAUCCUAUAUUAAUAGUAAUGCAGUAGUUCUCAAAACUCCUGCAUUUGGGUGGGGCUGUUGGCUCCAUGAAACUUCUGGGACCAGAUUGAAAUAAUCCUUUUUUUUAAAUUGUAUUUUAUUAUUGAUUCUCAUCUGCACAAUUACGUUGUUUGGUGAGCAAAACAAAAAAAUAAAUUGAUAAGUACAAAAAAAAUGCAAUGAAAUUUUGUGAAAUUUAACUAAUGUUUUUCUUUUGAUAUUUUAGGAAUACAAGGCAAAAAUCUAAUCAUAUUAAUGUUUUACCGCUUCCCACAGGUAUUACGAACUUUGACCUUGUUGGUAACUUUGGUAGUAUGGACUGGCUGGGGAACUUCUACAUCAUCUUAUUGUACAACAUACUCUUCGCCGUGUCCACCGCCCUGUGUCUGUUCACCAAGUUCACCGGCACAGUGCGCAGGGAGAUCUAUGACAGGCUCAAGGCCGCCUUCCAGCAGGGCAAGAAAUCCUCUCAGCUGUCCCACGGCCACAGCUUCAACAACUUGACCAAUGGCAAGAUGGAGAACAUGAAGGAGGAGUGAAUCAAGUCUUUCAGGUGUUUUUGGAUUUAUAUGGAGUCUUUACCUAUCAAUGCAAUUUUUAUCUUCAACAUGGACCUGUGUUGGAUGGCGGUAAAUUUUGACUGUCACCAGUGAGUUGAUUGUGUGUUGUGACGUCAUUGAGUAUAGAUAGGCGCUAUGCUUAAAUGUACGUGAUAUGCUUGACUGGUGAGGUUUCAACCAUUGAGAUACCAAAGCUGGAUGCAUGUUCGCAUAGUAAAAAACUGUUUUUUAAUGUUUCAAUACAUGUACUACAGUAUUAUGAUGAUUACUCAUGGCCUUUCUAUAAUGAUGGGACAAUCUUAGGUACGUCUGAUUAUCUCGUCUUUUUUUAUCAAUUCAACCAGAUCAUUUGAGUCCACUAACUUCGAGACAGUAGUUAUAUUUGACUGCAGUCAAGUUUAAUGUAAAAUAUGGCCACACAUCUUUCUAAUGUUAUCCAAAUUAUUUUCUUGAGCUUUGCCAGUUGAGAGAUAAAAAAAUUCAAUAACAUCAGAUGCUGUUUCCAAUGUGAUUCAAUUGAAAUGUAGUAGAUCUGUAGAUUGAUCGUGUCAUUAGUAGUAUUAUAGACAGAGUUAUAUCACAUGAGUUCUUCAUUACCACUUUCAAUUUUUUUUUUAAAUUUAAAUAAAGCCUCUGUUCACCAGUUUUUCCCCACAUCAAAAAUGACAAAAGCAUUCUGAUUUCACUAUAUCUGUAUUUUUAUAAUUGGGCCAGUUGAUACGUUUUUUGUUGAUGACAUAUUUGAACAAUGUGCAAUCGCUUUCUGUCCCAAAGGGUUUUCCAAAGUUUAUCUGUGAAUUAAUUGUUCACCACAAGCAAUGUCAUUGUGUCAUCCUUGGACGGUGUGUUUUUCAUUCCACACAACGUCUGAGCUGAUGCAAUAUCUCAACAAAUUUUUCAAGUCAUAAAUUUGAGAGUUUUUUGAUUUUGAAAAUGUGCUUUUAAAACAUUUUUGAAUUUUUUUCCACCCUUUUGUGGAACCACAAUGGUGGAACUACUCUGCAGUACGCAAUCAACCAUGUUAGCAGGCUGCAUCUGUUCUUGGCUGGAUUUAGUUAAAGAACAGUAUUAUUUCAAAAUUUUAAGUGUUAAAAGCUAUACAUUUUUAAGGGUAGAAAUAGAAAAAUAAUGUUCUUGAAGUGGGUUUUAUUUUGUAAUAUAAACAAUUUAUAGCUACAAGUUGUGUUUUCUUCUUUUUUGAGUUGUUUAAAACACAACUUUGAAAACUAGCUUUUUGUAAUUGAAUAGAAGAUUCCCGUGAGUUAUAUUAAACUAAGUUAAUAAUAUAUCCUUUUAAUUUUAAUUAUUUCAAUAAAAAAAAAAAGUUAUAUUUUUUCAACUCAGUCAAGUUAAGCAUUUAAUUCUUGUCUUCCCCUGGAUGUUAAUGUGUCUAAUUAUAUCUUCACGCUUAAAAUAUCUUUCAGAUACAUAGAAAAUCUCCAUAUAUCACAGAUGUGAUCAAAUAAUAACUUUCCAUAUAUUUGGUCCGGCUCAGAUUAUCCUGUAUUUUAACAGCCUUUGAAUUUAUUCAUUUCACAUUCACAGCAGUCUGUGCUGCUAUCUCUCAGUGUGAUAAAAAUGUUUUUAUUUUGAUUAAUACCUUUUUGGCUUAAAUUUUAUCAGAUGUAUCAGAUUCUUCCAUGUUCUAUUCUUAAUUAGAGCAUAUGGAGACAAUAUGCAAUACCAUAGAGUUCAGUUUUCUACUCAGAGUUUCACUCACAUUAUGAAAAAAAAACAAGGAAAAGGAUAAGCAUUUCUGUACUGUGGUGGCUAGUCUACCUAUGUUUUCCAUACUUGGAAAAUUGGACAGGCCAUGAGUGUUUCAUAUUUUGAGACAACUUGUUUUGAUAAGAUGGGUCAGGCCAUGUCAGGAUGUGGUGACUG